AUGGAAUCGGUGGAUCAGUCUUGUAGUGUUCCUCCGGGAUUCAGGUUCCAUCCGACAGACGAAGAGCUCGUUGGUUAUUACUUGAGGAAGAAAGUUGCAUCACAAAAGAUUGAUCUUGAUGUCAUUAGAGAUAUUGAUCUCUACAGAAUCGAACCAUGGGAUCUACAAGAGAAAUGCCGAAUCGGAUACGAGGAACGAAAUGAAUGGUAUUUCUUCAGCCACAAGGAUAAGAAAUAUCCAACAGGAACAAGGACAAACAGAGCGACCAUGGCCGGUUUUUGGAAAGCCACGGGUCGAGACAAGGCUGUUUACGACAAGUCCAAACUGAUCGGUAUGAGGAAAACACUUGUAUUCUACAAAGGAAGAGCCCCAAAUGGCCAAAAAACUGAAUGGAUCAUGCAUGAAUAUCGGCUAGAGUCAGAUGAGAAUGCACCUCCUCAGGAAGAAGGUUGGGUCGUUUGUAGAGCUUUCAAGAAGAGACCAACGACCGGGCAAGCCAAGAACACGGAACCUUGGAACUCAAGUUACUUUUACGACGAAUUACCAAGUGGCGUAGGCUCGGCUAUGGACCCUAUCAAUUACGUAUCUAAGCAGAAACAAAACAUUUUUGCACAGGAUUUAAUGUUCAAGCAAGAAUUAGAAGGAUCAGAUAUCGGUUUAAACUUCAUCCACUGCGAUCAAUUCAUUCAACUUCCUCAGCUCGAAAGCCCUUCACUUCCUCUUACGAAGAGGCCAGCGAGCUCAACGUCAAUAACAUCAUCGGAGAAGAACCAUAAUAAGUCCAAACGGCAAUUGAUAGAAGAAGAUGAGAGCUUCAACACGCUAAUAAGUAGCGAAAAUAAAGAUAAGAAGAAGAAAACAUCAGUGAUGACGACGGAUUGGAGAGCACUCGAUAAAUUUGUUGCUUCUCAACUAAUGAGCCAAGAAGACGGAGUUUCGGGUUUUGGAGGUCAUCAAGAAGAUGGCAACAGUAAAAUCGGUCACUACAUUAACGAAGAGAGCAAUAACAACGGAGUUGAGAAGGCUUCUUCGACGUUAUUGAGCGAUAGAGAAGAAGAGAACAGAUUCGUCAGUGGGUUCUUGUGUACGAACUUGGACUAUGACUUACAUAGGGAUAUGCAUGUUUGA